AUCUGAUCAUUCAAACUCUUUGCUCAAACUCAUAGAAGCAUUAGCAACAGUGCAGAUUCGAUUUUUACAACUAUGCCUGCUGUUGCUUUAGAGAGUGGAUAAAGGAUGAAUAACAAGGAGAAGAAAGUGCUUCGUUUCCUUGACAAUGAUUCCUUCAUUUCAAUGGAUGAUAGAAGCAUGGUUCCUUUUGAGGAGAUUACUUUGAGAUCAUCUAUAGGAUCCCCCAUGGCAGCCUCUUCCGUCGCUAGACCUCUCUUGCCUCCAACACACAGAGAUGGACAAGAUCUAGAGGAUUCCCAUGCACAGCUCUUUCGUCAGCUGACAAAGAGUAUGCAGCAGGGAGCUGCUGUAGAAGAGAAUGGGGAUGCAGUACCAGAUAGUGCAAGGUCAAGGGUCAGCUUUGCUCCCUCAGAUAUGACCGAUACAUCGUUAGGCAUCCUUAACCUUGAUGACCUGGCAUCAGGUCUUGAGGAGUUAGACGAUGACUUCAUGGACCUGUCACAAGAUAUCAACUCUCCUCGUUCUGGUAUUGGUGACGGUGAAGAGAUGGCCACCCCUCAGCCCUCCUACCCAUCCCCAAACCACAGGGCAGGUGGUGGUAGGUCUCGUAUGGCGGUAUCACAGAUGAGUGCUGCUUCUAUCAUGUUCUUUGAUAGUCAGGAAGAGGAUGAAGAUAGAGGCAUUGCAAGUGAUUUCUCAGAUGCUAAUGAACAAGCUACCCCAGUUCCAGCUCAUGUUUUGAGAUCCAAGACACAAGGGACUGAGGGUGGAAGGAGCAGUGAGAUAGACACAGAAGAUGAGCUCAAUGCAGUCAGACAGGAAAUUGCCCAAACCAGGCCAUAUGUACCUGAUCCUGCUGACAGGCUUGGGGUAGGAGAGAGCAGAGAUGAUGAUAGUGAUGAUGAUGAUGAUUAUAGGAAUCAACGAUUCAAUGGUUCACGAGACCCCUUGUUGGAUAAUCAGGUAUCUAGACUCCAGCUUGAUGGAGGAAGCUCAGAAGAUGAUCAUCAGAGGGCUCCACUCACUGAACCUAGGCAGUCAGCUGAGGGAGAGGUGGUUAUCUUAGAUCCUGGAGAUGGUGGUGGAGGUGGUGAUGGUAUGAGUGAUGGAGAGACCACCAGCUCUGGAUUGCCAGAUGCACCGGUCACCUUUGGUCAGUCUACCCUCCUGGCAUUUCAAGGACAGGGGGCUAACAGGAGCAGCAGAGAAUGGACAAUGACCUCUGGGAGUGGUGCUAUGGACCGUCCAGCCAUGGCUCGGGGUGCUGCUGAUGAUGAUGAAGAUGCAGAUGAUGAGGAUGAUGAGGGUGAUCAUGGAGCUCCACACAUGGGAGUCUUUUCAGGACAGUCCAGAGUACAACCAAUUGGAGAGACGGAUAUCUGGCAGCAAGGAGCAGGGUCAAUGAACUUUAGUAACAAUGUAUCCCUCCCGCGUGACGGUUCAACAAGCUUUCAUAAGAGAUUUGGUGAUGAUUUUCAAGAGACAGGAAACCUGAAUGGAGCUGAAGCUUAUAAUUUUGGAGAUGGUGCAUAUAAUCCCUUUGACAGUGGUCCGCUUCCAGAUCAGAAUGGUCUUCCAAUGACAGACAUGGGGUUUGGAAGUGGAGAUGAAUUCUUUGGUGAAGAUGAUGCUGCGGCACUGAUCGACAAGGAUCAAGAAGAGUGUGAAAGAGAGAAUAUUUUUAGACAGGAUGAGGACAUGUCACGUGACAUGGGAGACGAUGUCCAAUCAGGAUGGGACCUGCCUAAUGGUGGUCACAUGACCCUGCGUGAUUCCCUCUCCCUAUCGGCUGCUGUAGCAUGGGACGAUGAGAAAUCUUAUAAUCGUUCUGCUGAGAUGCUCCUUGCUAUGAGGUCUGAGGCACUUGGUUCUCUCUCUGGUGAUUGUGGUGGAGCUAAGCCUCACUUUGGAGACGGCACAAUCAUCUCUCCUCCACCGGUUCCUUCAUAUCCCCUGAUCAAUAGAUCCAUGAUAGUUAGUAACCAUGAGGAUGAGGACAUCUAUCCAGCAUCUCAGAGAGAAGCUGGGGUUGGACAAAAUACUCAUGAUGUAUCUAGAUCCUUCCAAAAUCUACCAAAGCCAGUUGAAGUAGGAGAAUCAUCCACUGGAAUUGAGAGUCAGAAAGCCAGUCAUGUAUUAAGACAGGAGGAGAAACCAGAGAACAGGUCUGGAGUCUAUGUUCCAUCCAGGGCCUCUGCAUUUCCAUUUGGUGAGAAGAGUAGAAAGGAGAAUAGGUCUGAGAAGACAAGGGUGGUAGAUGAGAUUGCUUCUGAUUCCCUUGUGGAUCCUCCUGAAGGAUACCAGACACCUCCAAUGGACCUGAGCUUCCUGACUGCAGCCAUUGCUCAGGCUUCCAGCACGGCAGAUCCACAGCAGCUUGCUAAGAUGAUCCUUUCUGCAUCCAACAAGGUAGCAGCAGCUAAAGAAGAAGCUAAACAGAAAGCUGCCAAGCAGGAUGCAGCCAAGCCUAGGCAUUCACAGACUAGAAGAGUCGAUCCUCUGAAGUCAAAGCACGGAGAAAGAAAAACGAUGGAUCAGCUCGAUACAACAUCUCAAUUGAGAGAUAAAGCACAUAGCAGAAAACAAGAAGAACAGAAACCUUUAAUUUCACGUAUGAAUGGUAGACCAAAGUUAUCAGGAUAUGACAGGACAUUGAAAGAUAACGAAGAGUUGAAGGAGCGAUCAUCUUUAGAUGGUUCAGGUGGAUCAGGGCAGCAGAGCAGAAGUUCAAGCUCAUCUAGAGGGUCACAGGGAAUAGAUGAACAACCAGCAAUAAAUAGGAAAAGAAUGUCAGGAUCAUAUGAAAAGUGCAAUAGUGAUAGGUCCUUAUUAAAAGAAGAUUUCACAGAAAGGGCAAGUCAACUAGGUGAUGAUUACUUUGCUGAAAUAACAAGAGACGGACUGCCUGUCAGAGGGACAGAUAUAUCAGAUACAAUUGAUUUUCAAGAUUUUGAGGAUGAUAAUGAAAAUUACAAGAGAAACCAGAGUCGCACAAGUGUUAGAAGUUCCCAAGAUAAACUCAAAGAUAUGAAAGACUUGGAGAGUCAAAGAAAAAUUGUAGCGGUUGAUGACUCUAAGAAGCUACAGAAGAAAAAAUUAUCUAAUGGAAAUGCCGGACAAUUUGAUCGAUUGUCAAGAAAUGAAGAGGUUUCAAGACAAGGUCAUGAUUCUUCUAGUGUAAGGCAUCCUGACAUGUAUGCCAGAGUGGAAGACUCUAGCCAGGAUAUUAGGACACUGCAGCAGAAAAGUAGAGAUAAUCUGUCAAGUGCAUCGAAUAGAACAAAUCGUGCAUUGAAAGAAAAUAUUGGUCCACUAAAGUCACAGAGUAUUCCAGUUGUAUCAAAGCAUAGAAAAUCAAGAGAUAGUUUAGAGAUGCCAAAGUCCCACAGUCACCUUGCUCAUCGGACAGUAGCUCCAGGAGAUGAUUUUAACAGAGAAAUCUUAUCCAGAGGAUCUGUGUACAAUGUCCCCAAGAGGAAAGGGAAUGGACAGAAUCUUGAGUUGGGUCAAAUGGUAGAACCAAGAAGCCAGGCCAUUCCAGAUGGGGAACCUACAGAGGUAGAACCUAGCAUGACAUCCAGGACCCCAUCAGUCACUGGACAUGAUCUUGAGGAUCAAGUUACAUCACUUUCUUUGACUCAGCAAAGGUCAAAUAGUGCCUCACCGAGGCAGAAGGACAAGAAGACCCCACCAAAGGACAGGCGUGAUGCCAGUAGUUCUCUGAUUCAGAGAAAUUCCUUGGAUGGAUCACCCUGCAGACCAAAAGAGUCCUUGAGACAGAGAAGGACAAUUGAUGGUGCUUCUUUUGGAAAAAAUGGCUCACAAAAGACUGCCUCAAGGGAUGAUGAUGUCUUCAAAAGACCUGAUGCACCUGCAGCUCCACAAAGUCGAAGACAUGAAUCAACCAGCAUUCAUGAUGCACUGAGCAAUAAGGGUCAACAACGACCUCCUGAAGGGCUUGAAGAUGCAGAAGUUAUGAGGGAAGUGGAUGUAUCUCGCUUCUCCAUGGACAGUCAAGCUGAUAUCAUUUUGGGAAAGCAUAGGAUCAUACAAACACCGCGUGACAGGAGAAUUGAGAAUGCUACGAAUCGUCAAAGAGUGGAAGGUUUUUGUCUAGGAGAAAGGAAAGAUGUGGUUGUUGAUGCUGAAGUGGAUUCUGGAUUCAGUAGUGAACACCCACAUAGAUUACCACAUUUUGGUAAUGCACCUCAGCUUACUGUAUCAAAUGUUGCUCAUGUACAAGAAAUGUGGAAGGGGUCAAGAGAACUACCUGUCACUCUUGAUGAUAUUGAAGGAAGCCAUAAUUUCUCAGCGAUAAAUGCUGAAAUUAUUUCUCCAGUUCCUUCCCCGAGGCAAUCACCUCUGCAGUCUCCAGUUGGUCCAUCAAAACAAAACACAUCAGCAGGUUCAGAUGCUGAAAGGACGCUUCUUGCACAGUCUACCAAUAGAACUUUAGUGGCAGAAACCCCUGAGCUAGUGAGCCCAAGAAGUAGUGGAUCUUCACGUACUCAUAGCAUUGCCAGUAGUAUGAACAAGAGUGCAUCCUCAAGCAGCGACCGAUCUUGCUCAACCCCAAAGCGUGGUACAAAACCAGAAAUGGACAAUACUAACAAGGGUCUUGAAAACCCGCCAAGUUUUGCUGGCACUCAUCACCUUGCUCCUCCUCCUUACCACCAACAAUACACCAGCUCAGCAGCUACUGCAUCGUCGAUACCUAAUCCUACCAGGAGACUGGUCUUACCAUCUUACGUAGAACAACCAACAUUCUAUACCAAUCAAGCUCUAUCAGAGACUAAUUUCCUCCAGCACUAUGUGAAUGACAGACCAGUAUCCAAACUCUCUUCAACAAAUAUUCCAAGCCUUCAUGAAACAUUGCAGCCACAUUCAGCUAGUCAUUUGGGAAUACCUCAUGGGCCUCGCCAGCCUGGCCUGUAUCUUGGACAAACCGCACCCCUUGCAUCGAAUCCCUAUGGAGCCCCUCACGGUAUGGACCCGACAGGUGGAUCCGGUGCCCCUUCCCUACACCCGGAUCCUUACGCAGCAAGACUAGGGGGACAUCAGCAGCAGCAGCAGCAGCCACAGAGACGUCUUCGCUCUCGAUCAGUUGAACCCCAUUCUAUGAACCCCUUGUUAUGGCCAGCAUAUCAUAUGCAAGAUACCAAGACUAAUGGUGUGGCAGGACUUCUUGAAACUGCUGUUCAUUCUGGACCAACAGUUCCUGUACCCCCCUUGAGUCAUCCUACCGGUGCCCCAGCUUCAAUAGUGUCCAACCUGAUUGUUCCCUAUGAACAUCGUUUCCGAGAUGUUGCUUGCAUCGGUAUCGCAGCUCAAGAUUCUAUCCAGCUACAGAAUCCUUCGUCUCGGUGGCUUCAGUGCUUCCUAGAAGUAGUCUCCCUGUCUAUCAAUGGAGAGGAGGUGGACCAUUCCUCGCGUGUGUUCUUCAUGCGACCUCGUAUCAUCAUAGGACCAUACACCACAGAGGAACACAAGAUAACCUUUGCACCCCGUCAACCAGGCAUUCAUGAAGCUAAGAUACAGGUUGGAUCCAGUCCUGUGGUGGCUGAUAGUGAGGCUGGUCUGCUACGUGUCACAGCGCCACCUAUGAUGACGUUGAGGGCUGUUGCAGAGCUGCCUGAAAUAGAGGUUGAAGGUACAGUUAAAGGAAGACUUGAUUUGGGAGAGAUGGUGUUUGGUAUGGAAAGAUCAAAGACUGUUCGUUUGAUCAACAGAGGGCGCUCUUCACUUCCAGUCAGACUAUUCUUUGUCAACAAGAUGGUAGCAGUGUGGUACACAGCAACAAUCACUGCUGAAAAUGGGCAAGACCUCUGCACAUCUGCAGCUCCAGCUAGACCACUUCAUCUCACAUUACCAGCUCAUUCUACCACCACUAUCGAUGGUGAAGUGAUGAGACCACCAGCUGGAAUCACAGUCAAGCUCACAACUCAGCGGAGUGAACCUCAUCUCAAAGCAGCUUCUCUUGGUCCUCCUGAGAACAUCCAUCUCAAUCUCAAGAUGGAGCUUGACGUCCCGGAGCGCUCCGUUUCAUUGGCUGAUGUUGACCUUUGUGCUCGAGUAGGUGUGGCCAAACUCCAUCUGCCAGACUCUCUUGCUCAAGAGGCCUUCCUGUUCAAGUCAACUGUUGGUCAGACAGCGAGUAGGAACCUGCUGCUGAAAAACGCAGGGAACGUCCGACUUGAUAUGAGACUGAGACUACCAAGGGGUAUCGAUUCAUUUGAGGUGGUCCCAGACACGCUGGUCCUAGAGCCUGGUCAACAGAGGGACAUACUGGUCAGAUUCACACCAAAAGAAGAGAUGGCUGUCGUUGAAGCGCCUCUGUUCAUACAAGGUAAAUCAGACGGGCCAAACUAUGAGCUUCAACUACGUGGAGAGAUCCAGACUGCUGAACAGAGAGUCAAGCCCAAACAAUAUGCCCAGGUCCUAUGCAACAAGCAGUAUAUAUCUUUCGGAGGAAUUCCACUGGGGAAAUCUUUGAAAAAGAGUGCGACACUUCGGAAUCCAAGCAGUGAGAUUGUGUCCCUCAAACUCACCAUACGAGAUUGUGAGGAUUACCAGUUGCAAAGCUCUCAUGGGAAUCAGAAGAAGUUUUCCAGCUCACGUCAGGUUGUGAUUAAACCUAAGCAAGAUUUCCCUGUCGACAUUGUCUUCAACCCUUCAAAGCUCUCAUCAUUCAAAGGAACCCUAGACGUCAAACCCAUCAAUGGUUCUACCAAGUACCUUAUACCCUUAAGUGGCUAUGGUGGUGUGAGCAAUCUUGUACUGGAGGACGCUAAUCUCAGGGGAGACACAUAUUUGCAUGACUUUGGACCUUUGACCCCAGGUCGACACACUGUACUCACAUUCAAAGUGCGCAAUACUGGACUCAGGGCUGCCUUCGUGAAAGCACUGUGUUUCAAUGACUCCAGAGCAAAGGUAAAGCUCCCCAGCAGUCAUCUGAAUGUAGAGCCUAGUGAGUUUGUGAUCUCACCUAAGAUGAGUAAGACGUUGACAGUGAUCUUCAGUCCUAAGGAAGAUGAUAUCCUGAGUGCCUUAGAGACCACAGAGGUGGCAGCGGUGGGGUUGUUCUAUGGAGAUGAAGUCCUCAGAAAACUUCUUAAAAGGCUGUCUCCAAGUGAAAUGACAUCACGUCAGGCUGGCUUGUCUCCUGAUAAUCCAUUGAGAGGUGUGUCAUUUGAUGUCAGGUUUCUGGGAGAAGAACACUGCAAGGAAAAGUUUGACAUAGAGCCUGGCUCCAACACCUGGUCACUCUUCUACACUAACAUGUCAAGAGUGUUGCUUAGCCUGACUGGGAGAUUAGGAAGAAAAAUCCGAUCACCACGCAAGGACCGAUCCCCAACUCAGCCUGUGAGCAGUGUAGCUCCUCUACCUGCCCCAGCUCAGGCUACUGCCAAAUUGAAGAAAGACCAAACGCUCCAUGGCAUUGUCUUGGGACAAGAUGGUCUGACCUUUGACCCGACCUCAGUAGGUCAAUCACAGAUGAUGAAACUGAUGUGUAAGAACACAAGCAGAGCAGACCAAACGGUUGAAUUCUUGAACCCUGACGCUCCGUUCUACAUUCAGCACCACACCCACACCAUCAGAGCUAAGCAUUUUGUGAGGGUACCCAUCUUCUACAAACCCAAGUCACCCGGUAAACAUCGGAGCUUCAUGGUUAUACACACACAGACACACCAUAGCCUUGUAUCUGAGCUGAGUGGAGAGUGCCAUUGAUUAUGUACAUUCACAGACUCUUCUCAGUCUGUGGUAGCAGGUAAACAUUGGAGCUUCAUGGUUAUACACACACAGACACAUCAUAGCCUUGUAUCUGAGCUCAGUGGAGAGUGCCAUUGAUUAUGUACAUUCACAGACUCUUCUCAGUCUGUGGUAGCAGGUAAACAUCGGAGCUUCAUGGUUAUACACACACAGACACACCAUAGCCUUGUAUCUGAGCUCAGUGGAGAGUGCCAUUGAUUAUGUACAUUCCCAGACUCUUCUCAGUCUGUGGUAGCAGGUAAACAUCGGAGCUUCAUGGUUAUACACACACAGACACACCAUAGCCUUGUAUCUGAGCUGAGUGGAGAGUGCCAUUGAUUAUGUACAUUCACAGACUCUUCUCAGUCUGUGGUAGCAGGUAAACAUUGGAGCUUCAUGGUUAUACACACACAGACACAUCAUAGCCUUGUAUCUGAGCUCAGUGGAGAGUGCCAUUGAUUAUGUACAUUCCCAGACUCUUCUCAGUCUGUGGUAGCAGGUAAACAUCGGAGCUUCAUGGUUAUACACACACAGACACAUCAUAGCCUUGUAUCUGAGCUCAGUGGAGAGUGCCAUUGAUUAUGUACAUUCCCAGACUCUUCUCAGUCUGUGGUAGCAGGUAAACAUCGGAGCUUCAUGGUUAUACACACACAGACACACCAUAGCCUUGUAUCUGAGCUCAGUGGAGAGUGCCAUUGAUUAUGUACAUUCACAGACUCUUCUCAGUCUGUGGUAGCAGGUAAACAUCGGAGCUUCAUGGUUAUACACACACAGACACACCAUAGCCUUGUAUCUGAGCUGAGUGGAGAGUGCCAUUGAUUAUGUACAUUCACAGACUCUACACAGUCUCUGGAAGCUGAGCCUAUUGCUGGUAUUGAUGACAAACAAAUAUAGGCUACAAAACUACUGGGGAAAUUGUUCUGUGGAUAUCAACCUCACAGAUAACUAGACUUGGAAAGAUAUCCAACAUGGGUGAAUUAUAUGUAUGCUUCCAGCAAUUUUUUUUUUUUUUUAGGGGGGGGGGGGGAGGCAUAUUUGUUAACGGUGAAGUAGUCUGGCUAUGUUCUUCGAAAUCUUGAAUAAAUCCAUUGAUAUUUCCACUAUAAAGUUGUUGCUCAAAGUAUGAGCAAUUACUACUCAAUAGAAAUUGCAACUGAUUUACCACCAGCUUGAUGUGUAGGUUGAGUAAUACAAUAUGAAAAUUAUCUAAUUUACAAAGUAAAGAUGUAUUUAUAUUCAUUUGUUUAUCACAAUUACACUGCCAAUGUUUAGAAAUUAUUUACAGUAAAAUAUGUGGUGAUUUCACGUCAGAUUGGAGUUGGCUGUCUAAACCUGGGGGUAUGGCGAAUUCUGUUCCAUUAAACAUGGACUAAUUAUUUUCUAUUUAGAGAAAAAAAUAUAUGGUCACACUCAUAAAUUGAUAACUGAAUGUUUUCAAACUGUUACUGGCAUCCAAUUCAAUUUCAAUUUCAUUUAUUUGUUCAACCAUCAAAAUAUAUAUACAAUCAAAAUAAUUUACAUCAAGAAUUUAGAAUAACACAAUGAUGGUUUGGUGACCCCGGAGAAAGCAGGGCUUAUAAAAAGGGGCCACCAAAUUGAAAUACAUAAAAAGAUCAACAAUACAAAAACAAAAAUCAACAGCGAACAUUAAUAUAAACAAGGAAAAAAAAGAGAAGUACACUUCUUGCAGCAGCAGCAAAAAACUAAAUCUACAUGUAGGUAUAUAAAAGGGCAGUAGAAGAGAAAGCGAACAAGAAUAUCAAGAAUAUAUUAUAAAGAAGUUAAGAUUUCCCUGCUUAGAUGGAAAGGAUAUGUGUGUAUUGAUUUCAGAUGCAAAUCAAUGUUUAAUUGGUAUUGCUCUAUUAUGCAUUAUAUGGUUGCAAAUUUGAGGGAUAUGAGAAAGGUGCUUACUUGGUUACGGUGCUUGGAAUUCUUAGAACUACAUCUUUUGAAUAUUGAUAAUAUGAGUGGUACAUUGGUAAAUGUUUUAAGGUCGGUGAUAUAAGACAACAGGAAACGAGCCAGCUAUAGUAUUAUCCGCUUAGUGACGGACAUAAGGGCUUCAAUCACACCAUAAAUAGCAUACAGAAAGCAAAGCUUGUUUAGAAAGUCUACUUAGAGGGGCUGCCAACUUUGUAGGUAGGCCAGAUCUCAACCUAGAUUGUUGCGUAUGAAUAUGCUUCUUCCAAAAUUACAAUAAAAAAUUACAAAAUAGCAGAUGUAUUAGGCUUAUAUUUUCAUGGUUCUCUUUGCACUUUUUGGGUGGGUGAGCGAGCAGAUUUCUGAUUUUUGGUAUGAUGGUGGCCUAUUUUGUUUGUCUUUGUAUCCUGCUUAGGGCCAGAAAGGCAUUAUGUGUGUACAAUUAUAUGAGUUAAGGCCCUUUUGGCAUUCAGCACAUGACCUUUUUUCAGUGUCCCAAUCAUAUUUAAAAAAGGAUCUCCCAAGUAAAGGGCUGCUUUAUAGUCAUACAAUGAAUGAGAAGUCUGGACAUAGUAGCAGAGAAGAAAGGCAAAGUACAGAAAUGACCAUGUCUGGAGUGACCAUGUCCGGAGUUGUAAAAUAACAAUAUAUGUCUAAUGUAUAUAUGAAAUAUCAUUUAUUUCUUCAAGUGCAAUAAUGUCACAGAUGAAUGUCUUCCCAAAGAAAUAAAAACGAAUCUAGAAUCUUAUGGUUUUCUGAGUAUGGCUUGCUUUUCUUCAAUAAAUAAAUGGUAUCGUCUUAAGGUAGCUUUAUGGAAUGAUUGGUAUUUGGUAAUUUCCUUAUCUGGGGCCUUGUUAAGUGGGGCAGGCAUACACCAAUGUCUGAAUUACUAUGCCUAUAAUUGAUUGAUUGAUAGAUAAUUGCUUUUUAUAAAAAUCAAAGUCUUUACUUUCCAUUUCAUAUCUUUAAGCUAUCUCGUGGAGGAGUGGUGACCAAUAAAAUGCCCUUAUUUGAUCUGAUGAUUUGUGUGUCUUUAUGUUAAUGAAGGUUGUAAGGUACAGUAUUCCUUAAUGUUUGCAUUCAUUUCAUAGCAAUGUUUGAAAUGGAGUAUCUGUAGUACAGUACAAACAGUUCACAAAUUUAUGUUUAUUUAUCAUUAGAAUUUGAAAAUGCAAUGCCUUGCAUGAAAAUUGUUUGUUGAAAACUAUUUUGUUGUUUUGUUUGUUCCUUUGGUUAAAAAAGAUUGUUAUGACAUGGACGGUUAUGGUAUUCAAUUCUUAGUUUGUGUCUAUUCCAUAUGUCUAGAUGUGUAUUAAUCCAACGUUAGUCACUUUUUCUGAAAUAUCCCAUCACCUGUUUGUCAUCUCCUUGGACAUUAGAUAUGUAUGUGUAAAUUGAUUUCACAGAAAUCUAUUGAAUUAUAAAUAGGAAUGAAUGAUUUUAGUACAAAAAACCAAGGGGAAAACAAAACAUAACAACAACAACAAUGUUGGUCUGCAUUUGAUAAUACACUAUAAAAUGAAGCAUAUUAAAAAUGCAGCUGUAUUAUUAUGUGAACCUUAUUUAUUUUCUACAACUACAGAUUUAUUGUGUCUUUGAUAUUGUUGUUAUAUCUUUGUUUUGUAAAUUAUUGUGUUUUCUAUCAUUUUCUUCAGAGUAAUAUGUUUGUAUUUUGCUGUAUUAGUACAUUUUGUAUUCAAAACUACAUAUAGUUUAUUAAUUUCUGUAUGGCUUUUGUAAAGAAAAGAUAUGUGUGUAAAAAUAUUAAACUCUAUUUACAAGAAAAGAUGUAUAGCUGUUUUGCAUUAAAAAGUUGAAGUAUUAUACUUAUAGUUACUGUUGUCUGUCUUGUAAGGCAGUGCUUUGCGCCAGUUAAAAUUCAAAAGAUAAAUGAAAUAAAUUCAAACUUUUGCAGCAA